AGCUCAUAGAAUCUGUUCAAUCACGUCUGCGGACUUCGCCAGCGCAUGUGGAUUGGGUGGUUUCUUCCACCUGUGGCCGCCUACCAUGCGCAUGACCACAGCUGUGGCUGGACCAACAAGCAGGUGCUUUGGCGGCGCUUGCGGCAGCGCGCGGAUGCGGUGUUGGCCGGUGCGACGGCGUGGAGCCGAGAAAGCUGGGUGGAUCAGAUCGCGGAGGAGCUGGUGAACUGCCCUUUGGGAGUUCAUGUCAUUGAGCUCUUAGAUGCUGAGACCAAGAGUCUGGAUCUCAGCAGAUCGCGACAAAUGGGCUUUGGCUUGUACAAUGUGGUGAGCCUUUGGAACAUCGCCCUCACUGGGUGGCCCACCUUCGGACUCUUACACCGCCUCUGCCGCCGCGCCUUCGCGAACAGCACUGGGACACACCGCCCCGCACGUGGCGCCUUCGUGGUCCGCGCGGCGCAGCGCGCGCGGAGGCGCUACGAGAGCAACGCGAGUCGAGGGGUUUCGGACUUGGAGCUGCUCCAUUCUCUGGAGGUCGACUUGAACCAGCUGAGAUCCAGUUGGUUCGCACGCUUUGAUGGUGGUGGAGCUCCGGUGACGGAGGUGGCCACGCGGUGGCUGGGCUUGGAUGCCAUGGAGCCCUCGUGCGAGAUGUGGGCUGAGCUCGCCACCUUGCAGCGCCAACUACGGCAUCGCUUCGAGCUGCCCUGCGCCUCCGGCGCCCGGCGCCUGGACGGCGCGGUCUGCCCGGGCUGUCGCCUGGCAGCGCAGGGCUUCUGGUUGGACGAGCGCCGCGUGGCGGAGGCCGCGCUGGCGCAGCUGGGUCUGCCCGGUCAGCCGGAGGAGCCGGCCGCCCGGGCGGCGGAACGCCGCGCGCCCGGCGCCUGGGCCACGGCCACGGUGUUGACCUCGGAGGACUUGUUUCGGAGUAUCCGCCAUGAUGGGCAGGGCGGCAGUGAGGAUUGGGAGGAUGCCACGGCCAUCGUGCUGGCCUAUGUGGAUGCCUUGCGGACGCUGGCCUUCUCGCUCCGCCGGGCCGGACGGCACGGUGCUGCGUCGCUGGGGCCGCUGCUGGUGUUGCUGUCCUUGCGGCAGGGGGAGGCCUUGCCCCAAGAGGCGCGGGAGUCGCUGGAAGCCUUGGAAGAGCAGGGGCUGAUCCAGCUGCUUCAUCUUCCGAUACCCCCGCAGCACCUGUGGCCACGCGCCUGGGGCAAGCUUCAGCUUUGGCAGCCUCGAGGCUACGACCUGGUCCUCUACCUGGACGCUGACAUCCUGGUGCUCGACGACCUCACCAGCCUCUUCCGCGCCGCCGCGGAGGGCGUGGACGCGGCGGCGGCGCUGACCCGAUCGAUGAUGGGCUUGAACGGCGGGGUGAUGUUGUUGCGGCCGUCCAGCCACAUCUUCCAUGCGCUGCGCGCAUCCCUGGAAGAGCUCCCCAGUUGGAAAGGGCUCUCGAGGUGGACAGGGCGGCCCUGGUGGAACACGCCUCCUGAGACGUCCAAUGGCUCCGACUUUGGGUCGUACGGAGACCAGGAUCACCUGUCUCUCAGUGGCGAAGCUUCAGCCGUCUGCGGCCGCGACGAGGCCGUGAGGUCACCACCGAACGAGUGGCUCGCCACCUCUUUCCGCUUUGCCGGCGAGCUCCAGCCCGGCGGCGGCUGCGCGCGGCAGCCCUGGCAGCGCGCCUACGUGGACGUGCGCGACGCGGAGCCCGGGUCGAAGCAGCCCUUAGGCACCUUUUGCACCUUACCAGUGGGCUUCAACUUUUGUGCCACAGCAGGGUGUUUGGAUCAACUGGCCUCGAAGGAGCAUCACUUGGCGCUGGAGUCCUUGUCUCAUGGCUGGAGUGCCGGGCGAAGCCAGGCCCUGCCGGUGCAGGUGCUCCACUGGCCCGGUGCCCUCCGAAAGCCCUGGCAGCGUUGUCUGAGCUCCACGCGCUCGCGCUUGGACGAGCUUUGGUGGAAGACCUUCCAGGAAGCCUGCCUGGAGGCGCCCAAAGCGGCGCCCUGCCGGGUGAAAUGCUUCGAUUGAGAAGGUUGGAACAUGUUGGAACAGGAUCUAAAAGAUGCGGGCCUGAAAACAUGAAACCUACACCAGCAGUCACAAAG